CACGUUCGGCGUUUGCCGGCGCAAGCGUAGUUCAAAUUCAUCCGCCAUGUUCGUCGUGUCACACGGAGUGCAGUGCGCAACUGUUACAUGUUUUAUCGAAAAAUAGCUGCAUAAAACUUAUUACAUAGCCUAAGUACUGGUGCUUGUUUUAAUGGCAAAACCCUAUUAUGAUCACUGAAGACAAAUUAACGGAAGUGUCAAUGUAUCGUAUGAAAAACGUGAAAUAAACUGUGCAUUUGUGUGUUUAUGAUAACUGUUAACAGUAAUCUUACCGGGUUUUUGAUUUUUUUUCCAUAUAAUCUCAUACAUUCUGUGAAGUGAAGCUUGGUGUUAUUAUUAUGCAACGUAACAUAACCGUGACCUUUGCGUAUCGUCACCGUGCUUGAGGUGCUUUUUGAGGUUAAAAUGCAGCUUGGAUUAUGAGCGAUUGCGCCGAGCCAUCAGAUUGGCGCGCCCCGAUGAUGGACGAAUCGGAGGCGGCUCGGCGUCGCGCGCCGGCUCCUCCGCCGCGGCAGGCCGUCCGCCCUCCCGAGCCUAGGCCGCGACAUAUGCCCCCACCACAACGGUUUGGUCCCGACUUACCCGCUGCCCUACGAUCAGGCCCCGACCUCCCAGCUCCUCCGCGUCUCAUUCGCCCUUCUGAACACCUAGCUAUCGUGGAACGCGCGAUGGAACGACGGCCUGUACCGUUGGUCCCCACUGUGAUGGUGGUGCACGGCCCUCGCCCUUCCCUCCCUCCCCCUCCGCCGAUUCACCGCCAGGUCUUGCCCCCGCCGAUGAGAAUGCCAGCUCCGGUGCCUCACCCCGUGAUGAGGUUACCGCAGCCAAGGAAAGAUAUUAAGGUAAGUAAUUUUUUUAUGAAAAUUUAAGCUCUCCUGAAUUUCCUUGUGUAUACCGUAUGUGGAAAGGCACAUGCAAAACAAAAUUUUGCUCAUACAAACCUAAAUAUAAUAAUAAAAUUGAAAUUGAAGUAAUUUUAUUUCGAUAUAAUAAUUCUGUGUAGGUAAGUAAGUUAAACAAAAUACAAAAAUGUAGGUACAUGUAAACUCAUCCCAUAUGGAUCCAUAAACAUUUGUAAUUAAUCUUUAAAUGAAUAUAAACUAAUAAUAAUAACUUAAUAAUAAUAACUUUAUUUCCAAUAACAUGACAAUAUUCUUUGAGCCCUGUCUCCCAUACUAGUUUGAACUGUAUAAUGGGAGCCAGUGCCUUCCUAAUUACUGUUACAAUUCAAUAUUGGAGGUGGUCUACCAGAAUAAUAAAUACAGAAGGUUAUUAUUAACAUAAGUUAGCCAAAAUGUUUUACCAAAACCAAGAAUUAUUUGAAACAAGUGUCAUAUACAUAUCAAACACCUACGAGCCAAAAAAACAAAAAAAUAAAAUAAAAUAUAAUAGUAUUAUUUAGUUUAUAUUCUUCCUCAUCAUUCAAUUAUUUCAUUGCUACAACAAAUUUAAAAUUAGUUUCUCACACAUAUCAUAAUCCAUCGUGUUUAACCAUUCUUUUAACAUUGUUUUUAUUUUAUAGUUGGACGUUGUGACUAUAUUUGGCAUAUUAUUGAUUAUUGCAUUAUAAAAACGUGGUGCAAGACUGUUAAAGUUUCUUUUAGCAAAUGAACUUUUAACCGUUUGAAUAGGGAAUUUGAUCUUUCGUCUAUGACCUCUUGGUGCAAGAUUAAUUUUCGGAGCAACCGAUCUAUGAUAUAAC